AUGUCGUCGCAGCGCCCCUUCUUCCUUUCGACAUUUUUUGCCGCCUUCCGUCAACAAGGCUCUUCCCUUUCCAGCGCCAGCGCCGCCUCUGCAUCCUCGAACAAACAUACCAGCCAACCAUCCUCUUCCUCCAACCCAACACAAAACACCUCUUCAGCACCACGCACAAUUCACUCCUCCACAACUGCCGCCGCCGCCGCCGCUGCUGCUGUCCAAGCAUCCUCAUCAUCACCCAGCUCAACGGUCCUCAGCCAACUGCCUCUGCAUUCGCCCCGGCAUCACUCCCAUCAUCACCACAGCACUGGGAUCCCCAUUCCCCAACAGAGCAGUAGCAACAGCGGGUCAAGCAGCCCGGUUGGAGGCAGCCACAGCCGUCGGCGCGGCAGUGAUAGCAGCAGCGAAGGGUUCCGGGAGGCGCUGGGCGCUGAGAAGCUAUAUAUUGGUGGGCGAACAGCGACUGGUGAGGAGAGGUUCUUUAAGCUUGGUGUUGUGAGGAGAGUCAGGAGUGGGGACAUGUUGAGCUUGGAUCGGUUGAGCCUGUGA